GCUGCGCUCCGCCCCUCGGCCCUGCCGACCCGCCCCACGUGCUCGCCAGCCUCCGGGACCCCCGGAAAAGCAGAGAACGCGGGGUCUGCACCAUGUCGCUGGAGGCGAUCCGCUAUUCGCGGGGCUCCCUGCAGAUUCUCGACCAGCUGCUGCUGCCUCAGCAGACCCGCUACGAGGCGGUGGGCUCCGUGCGCCAAGCCUGGGAGGCCAUUCGCACCAUGAAGGUGCGCGGCGCCCCGGCCAUCGCCCUCGUGGGCUGCCUCAGCCUGGCCGUGGAGCUGCAGGCGGGCGCCGGGGGCCCGGGGCUCGUCGCGCUCGUGGCCUUCGUGCGGGACGCGCUGAGCUUCCUGGUCACCGCGCGUCCGACCGCGGUCAACAUGGCCCGCGCCGCCCGCGACCUGGCCGCCGCCGCCGCGCAGGAGGCCGAGCGGGAGGGAGCCACGGAGGCGGCGGUCCGGGAGAGAGUGAUCCGCUUUGCUGAAGACAUGCUGGAAAAAGAUCUCAGGGACAAUCAGAACAUCGGGGACCUGGGAGCCCGCCACCUCUUGGAGCGGGCGGCCCCCAACGGCGGAAAGGUGGUAGUGCUCACCCACUGCAACACGGGGGCCCUGGCCACCGCCGGCUAUGGCACCGCCCUGGGUGUGAUACGUUCUCUGCACCGCCUGGGCCGCCUGGAGCACGCCUUUUGCACUGAGACACGGCCAUACAACCAGGGCGCCCGCCUGACAGCCUUCGAGCUGGUGUACGAACACAUUCCUGCCACGCUCAUUGCAGACAGCAUGGCGGCCGCUGCCAUGGCCCAGCGGGGUGUGUCAGCCGUGGUGGUGGGAGCUGACCGUGUGGUCGCCAACGGGGACACGGCCAACAAGGUGGGCACCUACCAGCUGGCCAUCGCCGCCAAGCACCACAGCAUCCCCUUCUACGUGGCCGCCCCCAGCUCCUCGUGUGACCUUCAUCUGCGCACAGGCCAGGACAUUGUCAUCGAGGAGCGUCCGGGACAGGAGUUGACCGAGGUUCAGGGAAUCCGAAUCGCGGCGCCUGGGAUAGGGGUCUGGAACCCCGCCUUUGACGUCACCCCCCACGACCUCAUCACCGGCGGCAUCAUCACAGAGUUAGGGGUCUUUGCCCCUGAGGAUCUUCAGGCUGCCCUCAGCGCUGCUGGCUCCUGAGCGAGAUCUGGGGUGGACCCCAGAACUAGCCCGCCCUGCCCCC